UUUAUUUAGAACAUAGAACAGUCUGACGUGGCUAACCUUCCAUGACAAAUGUCAAAGAACUAUUGGCCCUCGCCAUUGUACUCGAAAUAUUUCACUCAGAUUUGAAUUUGCCGCUACUUAAGCUAAGUUAGUUAGUGACCAAAAGAUUCUUACGCGAAGAGAUCAGAUUAGCGACGACCUUAACUUCCUUCCCUAAACCCUCUGCUUCAAAAAUGCUGUAUCGUCCUCUUCCAUGGAAGCGCUCCAAAAUUCAUAGUUCUAUCUGUAUCUCUCUCUCUCUCUCUCUCACGCCAUGCCAUUCAACUUAUCUUCUAUUCAGAAAUGGCUAUCGAGCCGCACCGCAUUGGGAGUGAAAUUAUGGGUUCUGAUUGUAACUUCCGUUCUGGUAUUUCUUCUUUUAAUUGUGAUUAGUACCUUCAUUUGUCAUGUCUACUGUCGUCUGCGGAGGCGGAAUCGGAAUCGUCGAGCUGAGGAUCACGAAUCUGCGAUGUCGGGAGAAGUAUUAACGGUGAUGGAGAUGAAUGUAAAGAAGAGUUCCGAUGAUCAGUUUUCACGGCAAGGUAGUGAGACUACUCAGAAUAGUAUUGUCACAAAUUUGGAUUAUUCUGGCGGCCGGUACUCGCCGGCGGCGGUCACGGAUGAGAGGAGAAGGAUCGUCUUUGGGCUGGAAGAGAUUGCGUUGGCGACCGAUGAAUUCAGCGAAGAGAAUGUCAUUAACAUCGAAGAUUACGGUGUGGAUUACUUUGGAAAUUUGGCUGAUGGUACGAAAGUGACUGUUAAGAUAUUCAAUGCAAAUAAUAGUAUCGGAGACAACGAAUUCAUCAGAGAAGCAGAGAGAAUUCGGCAUAUUAGCCAUAAAAAUCUGGUCAAGUUGCUUGGAUACUACACUCAAGGAACUGCUAAUAAUAGGAUGUUUGUUUAUGAAAAUGUAGAAAAUGGGAAUCUGCACCAAUGGCUUCAUGGAUGCCCACAGAAACCCUUUAGCCCUCUGUCAUGGCCCAUUAGGAUGAGCAUUAUUCAAGGAAUUGCCAAAGGAUUAGCAUAUCUUCAUGAAGAUGUGGACCCGAAAAUUCUCCAUGGCAGGUUAAGAUCCAGCUGCAUAUUACUUGAUCAGAAUUGGAACCCCAAGAUCUCCGAUUUCGGUCUCGUCGAGGUUUUCCCUCCGGAGUACUUGUCAGGACCUAAUUUGGUUGGAGAAACAAAUGAAUCCCUUGAGUCAACUAGUCCAUUUACAGAAAGGAAUGAUAUUUACAGCUUUGGCAUACUUCUCAUGGAGUUGAUAACUGGAAGAGCUCCUGUGGACUGCAACCAAUCUCAACCAUAUCUGAUAGAGUGGGUGAAAUCCAUGAUUGGGAGUCAACAGGCAGUUGAAACAGUGGAUUCCAAAUUGGAAGAAAAGCCAUCCCCAAAGCAACUCAAACGGAUGCUUUUAAUUGCCCUUCGCUGCCUUGAUCCAGACGAACAGCACAGGCUCAGUAUGGCCCAAAUCCUUCUUAUGCUUGAGCCUCGCGACCUUUUACUCGCUGAUGGUUGUCGGAUCAGAGAUAAUGAGACCUCCUCUCGAAGUUGUGUUUGAUUAAAGCAUUCUAUUUAGAGCUUUUUAUUUUAUUUUAUUUAUUUAUUUAAUAUAACAAGUGGA